AUGGAAUCGCUGUGCGGCGCGCUCCGCGCGCUGGGCCUCGCGUGUGAGGACCAGGCGUAUGUGCUGUGGAUUGUGUGUGCCGCGACGAUUGCGGCAGUGGCCAUCGGCACGCGCGCGCUCGCGGCCAAGGCGGUGCCGGAAGCCCCGAGCGAGGCCACGAAAAAGAAAAGUGGGCCCCGCAAGGUCGUCCUGCUCGGCGGCGAGCAGGCGGGCAAGACGAACGUGUUUCUGCGCCUCACGAUGGACGUCGCGCCAGACACGGCCACGUCGCAGCGCGUCAAUACGGCGUCGGUCGCACGCUCGGAAAAAAAUCCGCACGGCCUGCAGCUCGUCGACGUGCCGGGCCACGCGCGCCUGCGCACGGCCGCGUACGACCAUCUGGACGACGCAGACGCGCUCGUGUUCUGCAUCGAUGCGAGCGUCGCGAGCCGCGGCGGCAGCGAGUCUGCGACGGCCGCCGCGGCGCUGUCGACGAUGAAAAAGACGGAUCUGCAGGAAUCGCUCAUGGAGAGCGUCGACUUUUUGCACGACACGCUGCGCACCCUCGCCGAGCGCCGCCGGGGCGGGUCGGCGCCGCCGCCUCCGGCGCUCCUCGUGCUCUUUACACGCGCAGACAAGUCGCCGCUCUUUGCGGACCGCCGCAUGCUCUCGGACGAAAAGCGGCGGACGCAGCUUAUGGCGCGCUGCCGCCGCGGCCUCGAGUCCGCGCUCGCCUCGCGCCGCAUCUCGCGCGGCCUGCACCGCACGACCGACGCGCCGAAAGGGCGCGUGACCGUCGACGGCAUCGCCGAAGUCGCCGACACGCGCCGCUCGUAUGUCGGCCAGGCGCAGGAUGCACUUGCGCCUGUGCUGCGCGCCGUGCCGUUCCUGCGGUGGGCGGCGCCGGCCGAGGACGAGCGGGUGGCCGCCGAGCUGCACCCGACGCGCUUCGGCCACAACGUCAAGGCCGGCGCAGGGCACAAGCAGUCGGCAGAGCUCGCUUCAGACUAUAUUGUGCCGACGUCGCGCGCGGGCGUCGACGAACUACUUACGCGUCUGCAUACCCAGGUCAUCCAGCACGGCGAGGCGGGCUGGGGCCUCGCGAGCAUCGAUCGGGGUGCCACAUGGCAGCCCGGCGCCGGACAGGAUAGCCUCGACGACCUCGCACGGUGGUUGCAGGCCUUGUAG